CGUGGGAUUGAUCCUUGCACAGCGCUCAGCAACAAUGACACUUGUAAGACAAGGAAGCCACACAGUCACAAGAAAGCAGGGCAGGAAGCCCACAGUCAACACAACAACAAGGUGCAUUGCCAUAAAACGGAGACAACGACAAAACGACGCAAACCUUUGAAACAAGUCCAAGUCAGAAUGCUGCCGCUGGAGACAAUCAUAGCAAUCCUUGCCUACCUCAAGGCAAUCGGACUCAUCAUCUCGAAAUGGCUCAUUGGUGUGUUGAUUCAGAAGAUUAUAGCCAAGUCAGCAGGCGGCGAAAAUGGAGCAUUCGACAGCUCUGGCUCAAAACUGUAUGAGUUUGUGUUCUUGAUUCAUCUGACAUUUACUACAGUUGCCAUACUUGCUGUCGUUGUGGGAAUAAUUUUGGCAAUUGUGUCAUCGGCAACAUCAUCCUUGGCACUCCUCCACAGUGCCAAAGUUGGACGAAAGUUACGAAAACAGGUCUUGCACCAAGCAGUUGGAUGUGACAAUAAGCCAAUGACCAGUGACACCACAACCAGCAACAAGGACAUUGGACAGACAGCCAAUGAACUGAUCAUAAAAGUCAACCUGAUUGAGGAUUACUUGGCCUAUGAGUCGCCUUUGGUCCAUUACAGCUUGACUGUGUUGGUACUCUCCUUGGCACUCACCUUUGUCUUCCUCUGGUAUGGUGGAAUCAUUGCUGUGGUUAUGGUCAUCAUUCCAGAGAUUAGCACAAGAAUCUUCAACAUUUGGCGAGAAAAAUGUGACCUUCUUGUGGAAGAGAAUGUUGCCAAAGUGAAUUCACGCCUCCUGGAUGUGGUGAAAAAUGGAGUGAGAAUCAAGAUCAUGGGCAUGCAGCAGCACGAGGAAGAUGCUCUGGAUAAACUGCAAAAAGAGAGUGACGACCCACGCCGACAAGAUGCAUGGCUCAAGUUUUGGACGGACAUUAUAACAAUCAGUUGUACUUCUCUGGUGCCAGUGAUCAUUGCAUGUGUAUCCCUUCCAUUCAUUGAUCGAGCCGCUGCCACAGACCCCGCUGCUGCUAUGCACACUGGUUUUGCCUUCCUUGCAGCAAUCCUAUUGCUCGAUGAAGCUCACAAAAGCAUCAUUUAUUUAUCUUUGACUGCUGACAAGUCGGCCAGCGCUGCUCAAGCACAAGCUACCAUUGACUCAUUCCUUGGACUAGUGGACAAUUCCAAAAACAUCAACACUCAUGACUCUUUCAAAGAUGAAGAAGCAGGCUCAGGGACUGCAAACACCAAUGCAACUGACUUACUGGCUUUGGCUGAAGAAGGUGGACAGCAACAGAACACAGGGGCUUCUGGCAAGGAAGAUGCGUGGAAAGUUGUAUCCAAAGAAGGAAUCGAUCAAAUCAGUCUGGACAAGGUUACACUGGCUUAUCCUGGUCGCCCAAAGCCUGUGUUUUCCAAACUUGACAAAGAGUUUAGUCAGGGCAAGGUUUACGCCCUUACUGGGGAGAGCGGCAAAGGAAAGUCGUCCCUGGUCAAGAUUCUUGCAGGUCUGCAUAUGCCACAGCAUGGCACCAUGACCACAUGGGAGGGAAUGAAGGUCGCCUAUGUGAGCCAGGAUCAAAAGCUGUUCUGUCGGUCCAUCCGCGAAAAUGUAUCCUAUGGUGCUCCCAAGGACUCUAAUGAUGAUGAGAUCUGGGAAGCACUGGAAUGGGCCAGCAUCAAGGAUUGGGUAGAGACAUUACCGAAUGGUCUCGAUGAAGUGCUGACAGGUGGAGAAGAAGAUGUGAGCGGUGGGCAGUUGCAAAGGCUACAGUUGGCACAUCUGUAUUGCACUUGCCAGCAUGUGGAUGUAGUUUUGCUAGAUGAAGUACUUUCUGCCCUGGAUCCUUUGAAACGAGAGCUCCUGAUUGAACGUUUGGGCGAUUUUCUUGCUGGCAAGACAGCUGUGAUUGUAACUCACCACACUGAAAUGCUUGUUAUCUGUGACUUGGAGCUCGAAAUGGAUGGCUCCUAUUCCAAGCCAACGCACCGGCAACAGAGGCGCAAGUCGAGAAGGGCUUCUCGACCAAAUCUCCUCCAACGAGGUUUCUCAAAUUCGAAUUUUUCUGUGUUUUCGGGGGUUUCCCAGGCAUCCGGGGAGAAUGGCGGCGGGGAUCAGAAGUCUGGAUUCUUUUCCUUAUAACUGCAAGAAUGAUUGCAGCUCCCUGGAUUAUAAAAAACAAAACAAAAAACGCACUACAGUCCGGACAAAGUCAUCACCAAUUUCCCAUCUUCUUUCUCCAGUUUCCUUCCAUGUUUGGUGGGUUGAGGGCUGAGCGGAGUCUCUAGCUUGUAACCAAAGCUACGGUAACCCAUUUAUUUUUCAUGU